AUGCCUUCGCAAACAUUCUACCUCCUUGGACAAAGUCCAUCCUCUGCAAAGGAAAUCCAGGUAGAUGCUUCCAACACCAUCGACGGUCUGAAACAUCUAAUUGCUGCUCAUUUUGCCAUCGUGCAGCCAAAUGGAAUCGGUUUCCAGGGAACGAAUACUGUCCUAACAGAGGUAUCAGAGGUACUGGCAGAAGCGGGUCCUGUGCCACUGACAAUUGAUGGACAAGCGGUUCGCGACCCUCCCUGCCCCAAGGAAUUGCCCUUCGUCGGCACCUUCUUCGAAGUUUACCCCGAUCAUCUUGGAAACCAUCAGCGCCUUUUCGACAUGUACGGGCCAGUCAUAAAAACAAAUAACUUAGGUCGCAUCACCUACCAGACCAAUGAUCCGAAUAUUGCUGCUAUUGCUUUCUCUGAAUCUGAUUUUUUCACCAAGAAAAUCAAUGAAUCCCAUCCUCUGUACGCCUUGAAGACUCCUGCUGCUGGCGUUUUCCUUGGCGAUACCGACACCCCAGAAUGGAAGGUAGCUCACAAGUUCUUGCCUCCUGCCCUCGGCCCCAAGGCAGUCCGACACUACGCCCCAACGAUGCAAAAGACCGUGGAGGACUCUUUCAAGGUGUUUGAUAAUUUAGACGAACAGGGUGAGGCUUGGAACGUCUACCAGUACAUGCUGAAGAUGGGCUCUCAAGCUGUUGGCAAACUUACACUUGGGAUGGAUUUUCACCAUUUCGAGACACCUGAAGCCCCCAUCCAUGAGAUGGUCCACAACAUUGCUGAGAUCCUUGCUCUAAACAAGAAAGUCACCUCCAAGGGCGAUUGGUACAGCGCUCUGCCAUUUGGUGACCCAAAACGACUAAAAGUCCUGAAGGCCCGCGUCGAGGGCAUGGUAGAGGAGUCGAUGAAGAACGCUUCGAGAGCAGGAGUCGAGGAUCUUCCUUUACAAGACGCUGCCUUGACGGCAGGCAACAUGGUUGAUUAUGCCGUUCGUGCGACCGACAGCAAGGGCGAGAAAUUACCAAAGUCGAGCGUAGUCUGGGCCCUAGUCGUGGCUACCGGUGCUGGCUUCACUACCACCAGCUCUCUCCUAUCUUGGCUUAUCUAUGGUCUCUGCAUGUACGAAGGCAUGCAGGAGCGCCUUCUCCAAGAGUUGAUUGACCACGGAUUUGAUGAAAACACCGAAAUGACGGCGGAUUUCACCGACGAACUGGAGUUCCUCGACAAGUAUAUCAAGGAAACUCAGCGUCGCCACAACCCCUCUUUCCAACCGGGCCGGACGGCCAAGGUUGAUCUGAUCCUACCAGGGGGGUAUAAGCUACCCAAGGACUCAGUUGUAAUUCCUGCACUUCACCACAUUCAUAACCAUCCUGAUCUUUGGGACAAUCCUGCUCGGUUCAACCCUGACCGUUGGGAUACUGCGGAAGUGAAAUCCAGACACAAAGCGACAUAUAUCCCCUUUGCAAUGGGGCCUCGUAUGUGUAUUGGGUUCAAUUUUGCACUUCAGGAGAUCAAGGUCUUUUUGCCCAAGCUUAUCUACCGUUACAAGUUCUCCCGAGAGGGUAAUGACCCCAUCCAGUACGACCCAAUGUUCCAGCUUAUCAGACCCAACAACCUUUACGUGCGCGCAGAGCGGAGAGCUAGAUGGCCGGGCAAGUCGCGAAGUGCCACUGCUUAA